UCAUCCGCGAAAUCUGACCAGAUGUGUGGGAGAUAUGCACUAGCUCUGCGGCCAGACCAGAUCCGGCAGAGGCUUCGUGCCAACAACAUGCCGGUCUGGGAAGACCCAGAGGAUCACAUCUACGAGAUUGGCGAUGGUGCUGGCGGUGAAAAUGACAACAACUCCGCACCUGCAUCCGCACCCACACCCGCACCCACAUCAGCACCUAGCCAAGGCCAACCCCGGCAGUCGUACAACUUUGCGCCGGGCUACUAUGGUGUCGUCUACAGGGCUGAUGCGCCCGAUUGGGGCGCGGGUCCGAGGAAAGGUGACGGCGAUGACAAACAAGGUAGCGAGGAUGAGCGCCAUGAAUGGACUAGUGAGCCUCACUACAAGCUCCAAGCCAUGAAAUGGGGCCUGAUCCCUUUCUGGACAAAACGGAAUCCCGACUACUCUUCCAUGAUGAAGACGAUCAACUGCCGGGAUGACUCCUUGGCGGUUAAUGGUGGGAUGUGGAACACUAUGAAAGCGCGAAAACGAUGCAUCGUUAUUGCCGAGGGCUUUUACGAAUGGCUGAAAGUUGGGCCAAAAGAACGGGUACCGUACUAUAUCAAACGAAAAGAUGGAGGCCUGCUACUUUUAGCAGGUCUUUGGGACUGUGUCAAAUACGAGAACGAUGACCGAAAACACUACACAUAUACGAUCAUCACAACCGACUCCAACAAGGCACUCAAAUUCCUGCACGACAGGAUGCCUGUGAUAUUGGAACCUGCGUCUGAUGACCUCGCCACCUGGUUGGAUCCAAAGAAGCAUGAAUGGACCGAGGAGCUGCAAUCUAUUCUCAAACCGUGGGAUGGCGAGUUGGAGAUAUAUGCUGUCAGCAAAGAUGUCAACAAGGUUGGAAACAACUCGUCAUCAUUUAUUGUGCCAGUGGCGAGCAAGGAAAACAAAAACAACAUUGCCAACUUCUUCGCCAACGCCUCUGGCGCAAAGAAGGAUGUUACCAAAGGGGCAGCCGAUGCAAGGAUAAAGGACAAGGCACCUCAAACAAAAGCGAGCGAGCUGGAAAAUGAGAAAGAUUCAUCGCCGAAGAACGCAAAAACACCAGUCAAGCGACCUGCUGACGUCGGUCCUUUGAAUCCUGACGAAGAACCACCACCACCGAAAAAGCAAGCCAAGAUACAAUCAUCAUCGCCAACCAAAAAGUCGACGGCGCCGACGCCUCGAAAGACCAUCAGCGCGACCAGCAACAGCGGCAAGAGGAGUCCUACUAAGGGGAAAGUAGAUCCUGCAGGAACGCAGAAGAUUACCAAGUUUUUCUCGAAAUGA